AUGCAGCUGAUCCGCCGUAUGGAGGGCGCCGCCAGCAACCUCUACAAGGAGAAGAAGAUUCGAGGAUUUUGCCAUCUCUACUCUGGACAGGAAGCUUGUGCCGUUGGGAUGAAAGGCGGCGAUGACCGACGGCGAUGCCGUGAUCACCGCCUAUCGCUGCCACGGAUGGACGUAUCUCUGCGGAUCGACCGUCACCGAGAUUCUGGCCGAGUUGACGGGCCGCAUCACCGGAAACGUGUACGGCAAGGGCGGCUCGAUGCACAUGUACGCCAAGGAUUUCUACGGAGGAAAUGGAAUCGUCGGGGCACAGCAACCACUCGGCGCUGGAGUCGCUUUCGCCAUGAAAUACAGGGAUCAGAAGAACAUCUGCGUGGCGUUGUACGG